AUGGGAAAUGCAUUUCGCAGCCAAACUGAAGAAGACUACAUCAUGGAGCUAAUUUUGCUUUCUAAUAACUCAAUCACAGCAGAAGAAAUCUAUGAUACAAUAAUGAAAACAAACUGUAACGCUAAUAAUAGACAGCGCUAAAGAAUUAAUCGGACUUUAUAAACGUUUCAGUGAGCUAGACACUCAGAAGCGCGACGCUUUGACAAAUCAGCAGUUUCUGUCAAUGCGGGAGCUCAUGUAUAACCCUUUCCGCCACCGACUAAGGAUUGCUAUACCUCUAAAAAGUGAAGAGUACAUAAAAGGGCUUCCUCUCACUGAAGAAGAAAAAAAACCUCUUGACGAAGAUGUGCUGUUUACCAAGGUCCAGCCAAAGCAGCCACCCCCUACCGCUUCUUCUAAAGUAGCCCCUGAAGAAGAAAAGUCUAAAAAAGAGCCUCAAGAAAACGAAAAAGAAUUGAACACUGUAAAAAUGGAUUUCGAGUCUGUUGAUUUUAUAAGCUACAUUACUUUUCACCAGUUUUGCUUAUAUUUGACUGUAUUUUGUCCUAGAACUCCUAUAGAUACCAAAAUCACGUGUAUUUCUUAUAUAGUUUUAUUCAAGCUUUAUGAUUUUGAUGGAGACGGCGCUAUAAGUCCUCAAGAUUUAUCUCUGGCAAUAAAGACUAUGACGCGUGAAAAUCUGUCGAAGCUGGAUAUACAAGAAGUUGUGAAGUACAUUUUUAGAGAAGUGGACAUAGCAGAAAAGGGAAGCAUUGGCAGAGAGGAGUUCCAGAAAGUCCUGUGGCUGACUGAUUUCUACCAGAAAACAAGUCUAUAUUUUUAA